AUGAACUGGGAAGUAGAGUGCAUCUGUGCUUUGGCAUUAGCAACCUGGAAGAAGGCUGAGCCCGGAGCUCCGUUUCCCAGCGAGGCGGUGAUCGCCCCCUGUGACUCCCGAUGCACACAGCAGCUUAGCAGCCCGGAGCACCAGCCGCUGAAGCCCCCGACACUCGCAGCCUCCAGCCCUUCUACCUGGCUCGCUGGAGCCACGCACAAGCUCUCUGGGCACCUUGUGUGUCCCAAGCUCCGAGACCAGGCCCUCUUUACCCCAGGGAGGCAGUCUCGGGCCCUUCGACCUCUAUGUCCCCGUGUCUACUACCACGGUCACCUAGGCAGGUUCGCCAAGCUGCGACAUAAGUCAUUCGCAGGGCCCUCCGCACCCACCCGGCAGCCCUACCGGACAGUCUGCCCGCGGAUACUGCGUCUGGGUGGGACGCGCGGAGGCUCGCCCACAGGACGCCCUCCUCCGGGUGAAUCCUCACCCCCAUUCCCCUUCUCCGCCUACGGCCCAGCCCUUCUGCAGCAAGCCGCUCCAGUCGAUUCGCUUAGACACACACGCGCGCACACAGCUGGGCACGUCUCCCGGAGGCAGCUGCCGGCUCGGGCGCGCCGGGGGCCGGGCGGCGGCCGUGGCAGCGCCAGCCGCGGGGAGCGCGGCGCCCGCACAGCCUGGCACCAGCGGCCAGAGGACGCAGGAAGGGAAGAGCCCAACCCGCCCGGACUGUUGCUCUUUGGGGCGGAUCCGGAGGGAGCAGGCUGCCCGAGGCACUGUCACCGAGGACGCCCGAGGCUCUCGCCUUCCGUGAGCAGGCUCGGGGUUGCGCUGGUGCCCUCGUGGGGCAAGGAGGAUGCGCACCUCCACCCGCAGAGCGGCUGCGGUCCCCGGCACUGCGCGGACUCGGGCUCCAGCGGUUGCCCGUGCCGUGCCCGCGCCGCGGGAGCGCGCCCUGCCGCACCUGGCUCCAGCCUCUCGAGGAAGUGCAGGAAACGCACCCUAAACUCCACUACUUCUCGCCCGCCUCCUCCGGCUCCCCGCCCCAACCCCGCGGCCGCCGCCGCCGCCUGCGUGUGGAGGGCCCGCCCGCCUUACUCUCACGCGCGCACGCACAGCCGGGCUCACUGGCUCCCAUUCACGCCGACUCGCCCUUCGCAGAGCCCAAGCCCCGGCGUCCGAAACUACUGGGCCAACUGCCGCCCGGACCGCGGGAGCCGCCGCGUGGCCCGGAGCGACCCUACGCCGGCCGCCGCGCCCUGGGCGCCUGACCGCGCCGCCGCCGGGGACCACGAGAUAAUCAGGUGCCCCCUGGCUCAGCAUCAGCGUCUUGUGUUCUCAGCAGCAAUUCUGGUGGCCACCUCAGGCGUCUCUUGGCCAGUGUUGAAUCCCUUGGAAGUUAAAGAGAAAACCGACACAUAUAUUCUUCACAGUUUCUGUCCCACAUGUUCAGAGGUUUCUGGAUGAGCAUAAGAAUUUGAAGAAGAGCAGGUGGAGAGAGAAUGCAAUUGUGUCCUUAAGUGAGUCAUAUUCAUUAUCACUGGUGUAUUUAUCAGACUGUGCUCUUAAAUUGUGAUUUCCUGAAGAAAACUAAGCAGAGUAUUUUCAAGCAACAUAAAGUAGGCAGUCUCAGUACUCAGCAAGGAAAAUAUACAACAGAGAAUAAAUUACAAGAACUUCAUAGAAUCAUAGCAACAUAAAAUAUUAGAGCAGAAAAGGACUCAGGGUCUUCUAUUCUAAUCCCCUCAUGUAUAAUAGCAGUCUUUUUGCUUCCAAACUUGCCAUAUAUAAAAGUCUGAUACCAAGAACAGGAAACUACAGUCUGGUCAGGUAUGCCUAAGAAGAGAAGAAACUAAGCAAAUGUUUCCCAAUGAUUUCUUGGGUAAGGAAGGUAGAAGGAAAUAGCUCACCAAGAAGAAAUUUGAAGAAAGGAGGAAAAUAGUUAAGUACUUAUAAAUGCAAUUGAAUUUAUGAUUACCAAUUAUUUUAGUCGUCAGCAAAUAACCUUCCGAGUCAUUAAUCUUUAAAAGGAAAACAGAAAAUUUAGCUUUAAUUCAGUGUGGGUCAGCUUUCUCUUUAAAUCUGUUAUUGAGAAGGGAAAGAACUCUAAGUAAUUUACAGUCUGUGACCAUCCUUGAGGAGAAGGCAGAGGUAAGUAUGUCAGAAGCUCUGAAGAACAUUGGUUUUCUUAUGAAACAGUUUAAUAAUGAAAUGUAUCAAAUAUCCAAAAAUAUUAAAAUGUGUUUAUUAGUCCUAAUUUAAGAGGUUGGCAAGUCAUUAAAAUUUACAAACUGAAGUGUAAUUAUUAAUGUAGAAAAAUGUUCAUAACAUGUAAAUAACAACUUACAAAACCAUAUGUGAUGUGGUUCUACUUUUAUUUAUUUUUUAAAGAUUUAUUUGUGUAUUUGAAAGAGUUACACAGAGAGAAGGGGAGGCAGAGAAAGAGAGGUAUUCCAUCCGCUGAUUCACUCCCCAGUUGGCUGUAAGGGCUGGAGCUAUGCUGAUCCAAAGCCAGGAGCCAGAAGCUUCCUCUGAGUCUCCCACGAGGGUGCAGGGCCCAAGAACUUAGGCCAUCUUCCACUGCUUUCCCAGGCCAUAGCAGAGAGCUGGAUGGGAAGUGGAGCAGUUGAGACUCAAACUGGUGUCCAUAUGGGAUGCUGGCACUGCAGGCAGCAGCUUUACCCACUAUGCCACAGCGCCGGCCCCUACUUUUAUUUUUAAAUAAGCCACAGAUACAUAGAAAAUUUGACAUUAAUUAACAUAUUUAUGGUUACCCUGUAUUUAUGAAAUUAUAUCUGAUUUUUGUUUCUUCUCAGUGUUUGUAAAAAAAUUUUUAAAGGGCUAAAGGUCUGGGAAUAUAUUGUUUCCUGAAAAAAAUCGACUUAUAUGGGACUAUAAGAGAUUCCUGCUAAUGAUUGUUUCAAAGAGCAUAAGGCAGAAUUCUAACAUCUUGUAGUGUUAAACUUAUUUGAGCAUGAGAACAGUACCACCAAUUAGAACAAAAUAAUUUUCAGAUGUAAUUCUUCAUUAGUAAAAAACUGAACUGGAAUACAAUUCUCCAUGUGUUCCUCUUCAUUAAACAAUUAUUAUUAUGAUUAUUAAUUCCUUAGAAAAUCUUUCAUAUAUCAUGUAGUUUGAAUAUGCUUCCAAGAAUUUUCUAACUAUAAUAGUUUAUUCCAUUGGGAGAAUAAUUGUAUAUGUUUGGUUACAUUGAUGUUAAUAUGUCAUUGUUCUUUAAAUCUCUAGCAUAACAUACAGUUAGUCUCAUCAUUAUUAUCAGCAGCUGUGGCUGGCCCGUGAUUGUGUUCAUUUUCUCUGAAUCCAGGGUAAUUAGCUCUUCUGUUUCAUGACAAUUUUUGUUAAUGGAUUUUUAGGGCCAAAUUCUGUUGUUAGAGAGUGGGUGGUGUGUUUGAAGAUAGAGUCUGGACCUUAUGUUUUAAGCAUAAGUUGUGCAAUUUUAUUUCGAAAUGAUGGUUUAGAGAGUUUGAGAUAGGAAAACUAAAUCUGCAUUUUUCUGAAGUUUCUCAUUUUCAAGAAAUAGAAAAUAAAACUGACAGUUUAUGUAGAUAAACAACAAGCCCUCUGAAUGUUCUCUGAUAACAGUUCUCCUGUGUGUGUUUUGCCAUACUUGGAACAGGGGAGGAAAUGAAGUGAUAAUUCUCAAAUACUAGGUUAAUUCUUUUAUGGGGUAGGUCACACACUGGAUCUUUUUGGCAAUGAGAUAGUUUUGAUCUUACAUUUUUGAGUGAUUUAGUGAAGUGAGAAAAACCUUGCCCAGAGUCACUGGAGUUCAGAGUUUGGUCUGAGCUUAGGGGAAAUCUGUCUUUCCUUGCCCCUCAAUUCUCCCAUCCUAAAAUGAGGCCUUCCCACCAGACAAUUUCAGGGCUCCCCUUGAGCCUAAAGUGUAACUCUAACUGACUUAAAGACUGUUUUAGGGAAUGUACAAGGAUGGUAAGGAAAAUGUGCUGACUUGCUAACUGAAUACACGACAUUAAGUGCACUAAAAGGUACUUUGGAAACAGUUUGGCCUUAAAAACUUCCCUUUAGUGGCUUGUUACUUGUGUCCUGGAGAAGAUAAAUAUUUGAACAGCAUUAUGUAAAAGACACUAUGGGCUACUCUAUUAGAAGUAAGGAGAUGGAUUUUUCCAAGGAGGUGGAUUUUUGGCAAAACUUAAAAAACAUGCCAACAUUUGAGAUAUCCAACAAUGAAUAGGAUGCCAUAGUAGAUAGAAAAUUAAUUCACCAUCAUUAUGGGAAAGAAAAUGUUUUUAAAACAAAAAAGGCUGCCCUUUGAGGAAUAAAGAAUACAGAUAAAUAUACUAAACAUAGAGAGACUCAAAAAAUGUUAUUAUCAUGAGCUUUUCUUAAAGCAACUAUUAGAGCACAAAUUUAUCCAACCAAGAAAUGACUACAGAAACUAGUACAAAAGACCUGAUUGUAAGUAUUCAAAGAAUGUAACCUUAGAACUAAAUUUUAAAUAGCUAGAGAGAGGUGGGCAUCUGGAUUAGUGUUGAAGACGCUGGUUAAUAUUUGAGCAUCCCAUGUUGGAGUGCCUAGGUUCAGUUCCCAGCUCUGGCUCCUGAUUCAAACUUCCUGCUAACACUGACCCUGGGAGUUAGUAGUGAUGGCUCAAGCACUUGGAUCUCUGCCCCUCAUGUAGGAGGCCUGGAUUAAGUUCCCAACUCCUGACUUUAGCCCAGCUCAGACCUAGCUAUUGUGGAUAUGUGGGGAGUAAACCCGAUGGGAGUUCUUAUAUCUAAAUUAAACUCUUAAAUAAAAAUCUUUGGUGUGGCGCUGUGGCGUAGCUGUUAAAGCCUCUGCCUGUGAUGUGGGUAUCCCAUAUGGCUGCUGGUUUAAGAUCUAGCAGUUCUUCUUCCAGUUCAGCUCCCUGCUUAUGUGCCUGGGAAAGUAUCCAAGGAUAACCCAAAUGUUUGGGCCCCUGCACCCAUAUGGUAGAGCUGGAUUAAGUUCUCUGUUCUUGGCUUUGGCUUGGCCCUGUCCUGGCUAAUAUACGCAUUUGGGAAGUAAACCAGCAGUUGGAAGAUUAAAUUUAGACCCCAAAAUCAUUAACUAAGACAAAACAGAAUAUCUAUAAUGAAUGCUUAUGGGUUUAAUACAUGAUCAAGGUAUAUGUGAAUAAACAGUAGCUUUUAGAGCUACCAUAUAAGUUUGUCCAGCAAAUCAUUUUUUAUUUUUUAUUUUAUUUUAUUAAGAUUUAUUGGUUUAUUUGAAAGUUAGAGUUACACAGAUAGGGGAGAGGCAGAGAGAGAGAGAAAGAGGUCUUCCAUCUACUGGUUCACUCCCCAAUGGACCACAACAGCCAAAGCUGCGCCGAUCCGAAGCCAGGAGACAGGACCUUCUUGCAGGUCUCCCACAUGGGUGCAGGGACCCAAAGACUUGGGCCAUCUUCUACUGCUUUCCCAGGCCAUAGCAGAGAGCUGGAUCUGAAGAGGAGCAGCUGGGUCUUGAACUGGUGCCCAUAUAGGAUGCUGAUGCUUCAGGUCAGGGUGUUAACCCGCUGCACCACAGCUGUGGCCCCCAGCAAAUGAUCUUUUAAAAAAUCCCAAGAAAUAGAUAUGGUCUAUUUUUCAUGUAGUGCCUAAAAAGUCAUCUUCUGUAUUAUAAAGUAAAAUAUUUGUAUUAAUUGAUUUUCAAGAAAAAGUACUACUGUUUCAAAGCUGAGUAAAACUACCUGGCAACCAAGUUAAGUACUUUACUAAUUAACAAAAUUUAUUUUAUCAUUGCAAAAAGGGGGUAACCGUUUUUUUGAAAAGAAAGCAAACUUCUAGUAAGGCUAUGAAUGCAUGCACAAAACUCAUCUGAUUUGAAAACAAAGAGGAACUUGUGAACUGCCCGUACCCCAAACAGGUAUUCUUAACAGCGGGAUAUAAUUUCAGAGUUUUUGCAGUCAAGAGGUUGCUGCUGAGCAAAUUUCUCAUUCAAUUUAAGAAUGAAGAUUAUAAUAAUUUUCCUAUCCUCUUCACAGCAGGUUUCCUGCCUUCAUUUUACAGGCUUCUAAGUUCAGUAAGAAACAACUAGGUAAAUUCAGUUCCAGGUAACGCAUCUUUCAAAGGUAGUUCCAUUAACCCAACUUAGUUAUAAUGCAAAACUGUUUAGCCUUGUAAGUGAAGGGAAUACUGUUGAGUUGCUUUUCUAAUAUAAUGCCUAUUCGUAAUAUAUGCAAAGUGGCUUAUGAUGGCAAACUUUGUAGUGCAUAAAAAAUUAUGAGGGAGAAUGCUUAUUUUUUUGCUGACCUGAAACUAUGAGGAAAUGCCAUCUAUGUUGGCAUAUGACACUCCCAUUAAAAUGAAAGGGAAAUUACUUAAAAUUGAAAAUUUAAUACAUUGCUUUUAUGCUAUCUUACUAACCAAAAAAGUUUUAAAUGAAGCUAUUUUAUAUUAUAGUAGGGUUUUCCUAGAUAGCAAGGUGAUUCUAAUUUACAUAAAUUUUCUCCAUUUUAAUUUCUUUCUCUCUAUUGAUUCUCAACUAUGAAAGGAAAAAUUUCCUUUCGUUGUUGGAGAAUGUUAAAAUUGCUUAAAUAUCAUUUCUUGUCUUAUGAUACUGGAAUGAUUAUAAUUGUAUUAAUGCAACUUAACCUGUAUAAACCACACGUUACCACAAAGUAGGUCACUGAAACAUUGAGCCUAUCCUUUAUAUAAGUAAAUUCUAGAUAGCAGUUUCAUCAAGUUGGCUAAAGUCAAAGAAAUGAAAUUUAUAUCAUAGCCAAUAUUGUUCAGCUACAAAGAGUUCUUUCUCCAGGCUCUUUGCUUUUUUUGUUUGUUUGUUUCUGGUCUUGCAUGAAUAGGGUACAAAUGUCCUGUGCCAAGAGGACAUCAUUAUCAAAUGAUGAUCAACAUUAUCAAAUGUAAUGGUUGAUUUCAUAACAGAAAAAGUAAAUGUCCAUUUAGUAUAAACUUAACUGGCCAGAUGUAGUAGUUUUGGUGUAGGAGAGAAGUACAUUUAUUAUGCACUGUGAUUUCAACUGAGAAUUAAGACCUGUUCACUGAUAUAUUUUAAUUCGUUGAAUACUUCAUUUCUUCAUCCAUUCAACAAAUAUUUGGUUAAUAACAAUAGGCCAGUUUGCUCAAGGAUUUGUGGUGCACCAUGAAAUAAAACAGACAAAAAUCCCUGUUUUUGUACAUGUAUUCUGUACAUGUAUGAUACUACAUGUAUGAUACAUGUAGUAUCAUAGAUUAUGAUAAAAAGAAAGAAAAUGUAAACAAAAGAUAAGAUGGAUAAGAAACAAUAUGCCAGGAUGUAGGAAAUAGUAUAAGCUGUUAGUACAAACUCUUCAGGCAGAUGUUUUUUGGUGUGUGUGCAGUCUAGUUUUCUUAAAGAGUAGAUGUAUUGUGUUUGAACCAUGGAGUCAUUAUUAAAUAACUGUCACACAAAUUUUCUUUCUUUAAUAAAGGAGUACACAUUGAUGUUCACACUUUAGAUAUUUAGCUUAGAGAUUCCCCAAAUAAAACAAUCAAUUGCAUGUUUUCACUAUCUUUUAGCCUCCAUGCUCUUUGCUUGGUUUUAUUACAAGUGGACUAAUUAACAUGCUAUCCCCAUGUAACACCAAAGGAUUUCUAAAAGGAUCAGAAAAUCUAGAAUAUAAAAUUUUAAUGUCCUUUUUUUUGUAAACGUUUAUAACCAUAGAACAAUCCUUGACAGUGAUGUCAAAUCUCAGGUCAAAAAGUCCCAGUGUCAAGAGAGUGUUAACUUUUAGAAUUCUCCUGGGUUUUCAAAGUAUCUAGCUACAGUACAAUUAAAUAAAAUUAUUACUUGAUUCUGAGAAAAGUGAGGACUGAAUCCUGAACUUCAAAACAUCUUUUAAGCAGCUUAUAUUUAUCACUAAUUUAGCUCAUUUUCUAUUACCACUUUAAGGAUUAUUUUCUUGCUGGUUACCAUCUAUAUCACUAACUACCAAUACUAUAGAAUCACAGACUGUCGGAGCUUGAAGUGCCCCCAGAAAUUCUAGUCCAACUGCUUUUAUUUUGCAAUUGUGAAAGCUGAGUUCCAGUAAGGGUAAGUAAUUUGUGCAGGUUAGAUGGUUUGUACAGGUCCAGGAAGCCUUUUAGUUGUAGAAUUGGGAUGAAAACCCAUUUUUGUAAAUCCUAGCCCAGUAUGUUUUUCAGUGCAUCACACUACCUGAGAAUUUCCAUUGCCUGUUAUCAAAAUAAUAGUUGAUCAUAUCUUUGAAUUUCACAAGGUGAUCUGAUCAGUGAGCAUAUUGAUGCUUCUAGAAAUGGUCUCACUUAUUUCAUAACCUCUUCAGCACUACUGGAAUAUGUCUAAUCAGAAUAAUAUUUUGAGAAUUUUUUUGUUUGAAAAAAAGCAAAGCUAUUUUUAAAGCCACAGAAUCACAUUAUUAAUAAAUAUGACACAAAUGAAAUACAACUGUUAUUCUUCAAUGAAUUAUGAAAGAACAUUGGAGGUACAAAAGUGCUGAGUUAAGAAAAUGACUUAAGUAACAUCUGUGCCCUGGGUUCCUGAGAGUCCUCAGGAAAUGAAACAGAAUCAUGUGAAAACUGCCUCGUAAGGACAAUUACAUAACACGCUGGAAAAUAAUUUCAGCAGAUUUACUGGAGCACAGAAGCAGUAUAUUCAGGAAACAAAGAAACACAUUAAAGAGUGUCUUCUAGGCUUAGGGAGUUUUAUAACCAAAAAAUUAAACAAGACAAUAUGUGUAUUUUUAAGACAGUUCUUAAUUUAAGUAUUAUGAACCAUCUUAAAAUAUUGUGCAUUUGAUUCUUCUAAAUAGAUUUUAAAUUUCAUUGAAAUGAAGGAUAUAGUCAUGGCUUUAUAGAAUGACAAAAUGGGGGUUUCUCAUUGCACAGAAUAGAAUUUGCAUGCAUAUUUCUGGGCCCACCAUUUACUAAACCAAUAUAAUUUAAAUUUUAAGUAAAUCAAAAAGUAUAUGUAACACUAGGUACAGCACUCUAAAUGAUUGAUGAGGAUGAUUUUGAAAAACAGCUGUAAACACCCAGGGUCCAUAAGACUUAAUGACUAUUUUGUGAACUUUUCAAGAUUUUGAUAGUUUUAUCUUAUAAUAAAUGAAGAGAAAAAUAAAUAAUUCACUCAGCUUUUAUUUCUGUUACUAUACAAAUGUAAAUCAUAUAAAACUGAAAAGCUAAAAACUGGAUCUUCAAUCUGCUCUAGUCUCUAUGAUGCUGUUCAAUUAAAGUGUUCUAUUAAAAAGUUAAUUGAAAAUUAUAAUUUAAAACUACAUCUGGUUCUUAUUAAUGCAAUAGCUAAUUACUAGCAUUCUAGCAUUAUGCAUUUUAAACUAAUUGUUUAUUAUUUUCAGUAACCAAAAAGAUCUUUAAACAUCCAAAGCUAAUAAAUUUCAAAUUACCAAUGUAAGAAAAACUAUGAAAAUAAUUAAUACGUGCUUAUUUUUGAUUGAUUAAAUUCAUUUUGUCGGGAGCCCUUGCUGAUGUCCUUGGAAAUUUUAUCCCUUUCCUUUCCCUCUCCCUCUUACCUCUAUGAAUAUGUAUGUGAUUUAGGAGGCAACAACACUUUUUGCAUAAUCUUUUCCUAAAGGAACAUUUUUUUUCCAUUUUUAAUCACUUUUUUAGAUGAAUUGUCCUCUGAUGAACAAGGGGAUUAGUGGGCCACACAUACCCUCCAUGUAAGCCUAUAUGGUCCAGGAGUGUUGUAGCAUGCCUCUCGGGCUUGGUAAAAUUGAACAUACCUUUGCCUUUCAUUGUCUUUACACACAUUAUGUAAAUUGGUAAGAAUAAAAAUAAUGUGAUUGGAAGUAUGGCUUGACAGACAGUGUAAUGUAAUGUAAUCUCCAAAUACAUAUGAGGUGGAAAUAGUGCCUUGGGCCAUCACAUUUAUUGUGAGUAUUUGCAUUUACACAGUUUUGUCUAGGGUUAGGCUUAUAUAAUAGAUUGUUCCAAUGUGGAAAGUAAAAUUGUUUUUAAACAUUCUACUUACCACUUUAAGGGUAACAAAGAAGUACCAAAUGCAAUUUCAAUCUGUUUGGAGAAGGAAAGCACCAAGACAUAAGAAAUCAAAUUAUACAAAAAUGAUUAAUAAAUACUGUAUGGAUUGACAUGGCUACUGUAAAAUCUCCAUGUAUAUUUUAUAUGUAAAUAAGUUCAGUGCAUAUAUUGAUGCUUAAGCAAAAAAAUCAGGUACAAGAAAGUUUUAUUUAUAUUUUGGCAACAAGCGUAUAUUCGUAAAGACUUAGAUUUUGGAUAUAGGGAAGUCAGGUGUUCGAAUCUCAACAGGGAUCAAAUAAUACAACUCCAGUGCUAAGCCCAAUCACAUCAUUGUAUUUUCCCAUUUCUUUGUGGUAGGUCAUUUCUAAAUCCCAGCUCAUCAGAAAGCCAUGUCUUGCUUUUAAAACUUCUUACCUGCUGAUCAGCUUAGUACCCUUUAAACCAGGUUUCCUCUUUUCCAAAAGAAGUAAAAUUGUUGACAUUGAGGUUUGAGUAUUGUUUAGUUUCUAAAGAAAAAUAUUCAUAGCAAUAUGCAUUUAGGUAAACAUUAAGGAUAACUGUCACUGAAAAUAGAACUACUUAGCUAUUCAGGAAAUAAAAUGAAAAUAUUCUUUUGCUUUGAACCCAUUGCUUGUGGAAAACAAAAUAUUUAAAUAUGUAGCUUAGUGUUUAUUAGAAAUAUACAGGAAGGUAACUUAAACAUUUAGGCUAUCUCUAAACUCAUUUUAAUGCAAAUGAGAAAAAGGAAACACCAUAUUUCUCAGGUUAGUGAUAGAACUGUCCAUGGCUGGAUUUCCAGAUAACAUGCAAGAUAAGAAUAUGAAUUCUGGGGUACAUGUUUGGCACAGUGGUUAAGGAACCAUAGCCAAGUGCCUGAGUUCAAGUUCUGGUUUCAUUCUAAUCCAGCCACUUGCUAAUGUGCAUUUUGAGAAGCAGGAGGUAAAAGUUCAAGUAGUUGGGUCCCUGAAACCCACAUGGGAGAUCUGGAUUUGAGUUCCUGGCUCUUAGCUGCUAAAGGGCUCCUAACUGUUAAUUUGAAAAUAAAAAAAAUAUAAAUAUAUAACAAAUUCUGGCUGUCAUGGGUAUUUGGAAAAGAAUAACAGAUAAAAAAUUUCUGUCUCUGACUCUGUGUGUCUCUCUCCAUUUCAAAUAAAUAAAUGUAAAAAAGGAUCUGAGUUCUGAAGUUAGACAGCUAAACUCAAGGCCCCCCUUCUACUACUUACUAAUUUUAUUACACUGGACAGCAUGAAUUUGUUGUCUCAGUUUUCUCAUAUGUACAUGCAGAUGAGAAUAACUGCCAGCAUCACAGGGCUAUUGGAAUUAAAGGCGACUCGUGAAGUUAUUUGUAAGGCUCAAUAGUGGAGUAGUAUAUGAGGACUCUAGUUUCCACUAUUCUAGAUAGCCUCUUUUGCUUUCCCAUAAAUGAAAUCUUCUCAUGCAGCACUUUGAACCCUGACUACUUCUUCAUUUUCAUUGUUUCCAUGAAUUUGAAAAUGAAGAAACUAUAAAUAUUUAGCUUUAUAUAAUUAUAUAACGAUAUACAUAUACCUGAGCAUAAAGAGAAUGGAAACAUUCAUUAAGAGUGUUGAACAGAAUGCUCUCAUUGUCAGGAUGGUGGUUCCUCUAAGCCUGCAGUUUUGGAAUUCAAAUGGCAACGUUAUGGCUUUGUCAUCAUAAUCACAUAAAAGGUCUGGCAAAAUGUGUGAAUGUGUGCAUAUGGGCAGGGUUGGCAAGGCCUUUGCAUUGAAAUUGAACCCACCCAACAAGUUGUUUCAUCAAAACACUGUCUGGCAAUGUUUAUAUCUCAGUGCACAAUCCCUGGCUUUCCUGCUAAGUCUGUUAGUGAGUGAAGAGUGUGGGCACCAGAAUAGUGUGUGGCAGGAGGCUUUGUCUCCAGAUUGUUGAGCAGCUGGAGUGAGUGAGUCAUGCUUGACUGACACUGGACAGCUGUCCAUCAGCUCAGAAUCACGGAAGAGGCUCUGUGAGGCAGCAGCUGGCUUCAGCGCCACAGCACCAGAGAAACACAACUGCUUGAAAAACUCAAGACAUUUUGGCCUACUGUCCACUGUGCAGAGAACAUUCUCCAACCAAAAUUAUACGGUCUUUAGUCUAAUUGGAAACUAUUCUUUAUGAGCUCUUUCCUUUCUUUUUUUCUUUUGUUUUUGGAAAGAGAAGAUGAUUCUUUUCUCUAUUUUGUGAUACUCCCAAAGGUUUUCUGGGUCAGAAUAAAAAGUUCAUCAGAAAUCAUUCUAGCCUGCCUGAACACAUUAGCUCAUUUUCUAGUUCACUUUGUCUACUCCCUGCAGAUAACAAGACAGUGAAUAUGAGAUGAGAGGAUAUAAGUGUGCCUAUAAGUGCACCUGCCAUUAUAUAGACAUGUUGAUGAGUGGAACUGUGCUGUCAGAAAUUAAAAGUAUCAUUGGAAUGCCCCAUGAUCAUCAUCAGUGAGGGUUUGUGUACUAUUUGGGGACCAUAAAGCAUAAAAGAAAAAUUGACAUUCUAUAUCCUAACUGAAGGUGCAUGCAUUUAUGAUAUGCUGGUUUAUUUGUCCAUUGUUGCAUUGGGCUUAGCCAGAUUGCUGAGAAGACAACUCUGAGGUAACAAGUUGUAUGGCUGCAUGAAUGAUUUCAUUUACUCCAGGGUCUAGCCAGUGCAUCCAGCUUUAUUUGUUAACCUAGCAGAACAUUAUUUAUUAAUGAGUUCUUCAUGCUUUAUUAAGCCUAAUGUCAAAACACCUCUCUGGGACCCUGUUAGGCAUGUUUUCUCUUUGUGGCAAGACUGUCAAAAGAAAAUGAAAAAUUAUGCAGCAAUGCUCCAAUAAAAACACAAUAGAUAGCCAUUAAGUUACUCUUGGUCCUGUGCAAUGCUAUUUCAGAAUCUUUGUGAAAGAUCUGAAUCCAAUGCAGUAUGAAGAUAAAACUUAAAAAUCCACUCUUCGGAUAUUAGUAAUUAGGCCUGGCCAAAACAAAACAAAGAUUCUCUGGCCCCAGAAGAUGGUGUCCUCAGUAGCUGAGAGCUGUCAAGUUCAGCAGGAAGGGAAAGCACAGGUGUGAUCUGUAUGGUGGUAGUGAGGAGGUAUACACUUAGACAUAACUUAGACUGAUUUGAGAUGAAUGACAAGGUGAAAUAACUAAGGACUGCUGAGGUGUGAGGAGGAUGGGUAUAAUUCUGAAAUAUGAUGGGCCUUAAGAGAACAAACAGUGGGGAUGACAACAUUCAAAAGACAUGGAGGAGCAGGCAUUGUGGCAUAGCAGGUUAGUAGUUCCUUGUUGGAAUGCCAUUUCUGUUCCUAGCUAAUCUGCUUCUGAUCCAACUUCAUGCUAAUGCAUUCUGGAAGGUGGCAGAAGAGGACUCCAGUGUUUGGGCCUCUGCCACCCACUUGGGAGACCCAGACUGAAUUCAUGCCUCCUGGAUUUAGCCUCCCUGCAGGCAUUUGGGGAGUGAACUAGUAGACUCAAAUUUUUCUCUCUCACUCGCUCUUGCUCUCUUUCUCCUUGCUACAUGAAAAUAAAUAAACAUUUUUAAAAAAUCCAUAGAAAUGCCAGCUGAGGUUUCUCCUGCCUUUGGGAGAGAAGGGUAGGGCUCAGUACAGGCAGAAGGAUCAUAGCCAUAGGGAAGUCCAAGCAACAGGAGGUAACAAAGGGUAAGUGAGUGUUGGCAUCUAAGGUAUCAUGACACACUUGUCAGUCACAUGUAGUGAGAACUAGAAAUGGAACCCUGCAGGUUUCAAAGUUCUAGGCAAGAAAGCUAUAGGAUUGAAACCAAGGUGUAAGGGAGGUAAAGAAUAACUAUUUUAGUUUAGUGGUCUGUUCAAGUCUGUAGGACCCACUCUUGACAUAGGACUCAUAAGAUCUGUGGGAAGUGAGAUCCAACAACAAGUCAACAAGUUGUACUCAAUGCUGAGACUGAGACUAUGUCUGCCCUUUGUCCUGGACAUCCUGUUUCCAAGUACUGUGAUUAGGUCAAGGAUUGGCAGUUUCACUGUUUACUGUUCCAGGGUCUUAGAAAAAAUGGGCUCAGACAUAGUAUCUGCAAAGAGAGUUUUCUAUAUUACAGUUCUCAUUCUUGCUCUUCAAAUAGUAUAACAAUUAAAAGUCUCUAUAGCAUAUAACUCAGUUUUUAAUUAGUAGGUUUUGUUACUAUCCUUUCUAAUUAUUUCUGACAUGUAGUUAAGUAGUGAUUACUGAGUUCCUAUCAUGUGUUAGACACUACUGGGAAUAAAAUCGGGUCUCAGUGACAGUGCUUACAGGAAACUUAGAGCAAAUGAGGAACUAUACAUGCACACAUGAAAUGACAUCAUAAAGUAAAAAAUCAUCAAGGUCAUGAGGAAGCAAAGGAUAAGGUCAGAGGAAGCUAAGGAGAUAUGAAAAUUAAAUGUGAUGUGAGAUCUUGAGUUCAAUCGAGGAAUAGAAAAAGUGCAUUGCUGGAAAAACUGAUGAGGCCCAUGUAAACCUUGUUGUUUGGUUAAAAUAAUGCAUCGAUGUUAAUUUCUUCAUUUUGUUAAUUGUAAAUAUUCAGAAAAGCUGGGUACAAGGUAUAGGGAGUUUUGAAACUUUAAGUCUAAAUAUAUUUCCAUUUAAAAGCUCAAAAUGAUAAAUGCUAAAGGGGGGUUGCAGAUGAAUAUCUUUAGAUGUUCAAAAAACAACAAAAUUACUGCUGUUGCUGAGAUGAAGGAAAGCCUCAUGAAGAGGCAAUUAGAUAUCCACGAUAAGAGGCAAUUCAAGGAAGAGAAAGCUGGAUGAGUAAAUACGUGAAAACAGGAAAAGAGAGCAUUAUCUGAGAAAGAUAAACAAAAAAGGUAAAAUUAAUCACAUUAUAGCCUGUGAAGAAGGACGUAUAAUUCAAUUUAUGGGCAAAGAGAUGUACAGGAAGGUAGAUGCAACAUGUAAGAAGAUUAGCAAGCAAUUUGAUUUGCUAGAAUUCACCAUAUGUGAACUGAGAUGGAUUAUAGGGUUGUAGAGAUAAAAUUGUGAAAGACUUUGAAUGCCAAAUAAAGAGAUUGACAUGCCUCUCUUAUGCUUCAAGAUAUCCCUGUAAGUGUUUCAGCUCGUUCCCCAGGAAACUGUGAGCACUUUAAACCUGAAAUGUUAUUUGUGUCUUCUGUUGACAUAUAUCUGGGGGCAGGUGUACAGGAGGAAGAAUCCCAGAUUGGAAUGUUAUGAAUAAGGGAGGAAGCUGCAGAAAACACCUUCAUGUGAAGGUGAGAAGACAGAAUUCCUGGAAGAAAGAUUGAAAGGAUGUACAAGUGCAAGGAAAAGGAAGGCUACACUGACAUACUGUAGUGGUCAAGAUAAGGAUUUCGUAAACACAGGCAAUAUAGAUAGAGUUAACUACCUUAGUUGAAAUUUUUUGGUUAGAGAUAAAGAGAUUUACUUUUUUUAUUUUUAGAAAAAAGUAUUUAUUUAUUAGAAAUUCAGAGUUACGGCGAGGAGAGACGCAGAGAGAGAUCCAUCUUCCAUCUGUUGGUUCACUCCCCAAAUGGCCACAAUAACCCAGGCUAGGCCAGCCCAAAGCCAAUGGCCAGGAGCUUCAUCCGAGUCUCCUACAUUGUUACAGGGGCCCAAACACUUGGGCCACGUUCCCCUGCUUUCCCAGGCAUGUUAGCAGGGAGUUAGAUUCAAAGUGGAGCAGCCAGGACGUAAGCCAGCACCCAUAAGGGAUAGGAGCAUCAAAGGUGGUGGCUGAACCCACUAUGCCAUGGCCCUGAGAGAGAUUUCUUUUAUUAAAUUCCAAAAGUAACCAUGUCUGAAUUAGGUACAAGAUUAUUUUAAAUGUUAAAUAGUACUAAGAAUUCUCCAAAUACAAAAGCAUCUAAUAUUGUGUACUUGUUGAUAAGAAAUAAUCAACUUCUACUUACAUCUUGUUUUCCUCAUGGUGACUUAGAAUAUGAAUGUUGGUGUCAUGUUUUUAGGGUUCAAGAGGAGGAGUGAUAAGUUAGAGGGGUGUACAUUACUCUUGAGAAGCAAGUGAGAAAAGACUAAUAAAUUAUCACCAUUCAGCAUACAUGCCAACAUCUCUUAACUAUGGCAGGAGCUCCACAUAGCGAAAUUCUAUGAGGACUUUGGAACAUCCACCAUCACCAUAACAACUUUGCCAAGGGCCCAGCCUGCCCACAUGGUAAGACAUUUCAUGCUGGAGGGGAGUCUCUGGGCUUGUAUUCCUACUAACUCUCUAACAAUGUCUACUAAGGAGCCUAGUAAUAAGUGAGCGGUUUAUCUGUUAGCAAGCAGGGACUCCAUUAAUACAAAUCCCCAAAUCUGGGACCCUGAAGGUGCUAUUACAGUCCUCUCUCACACCCCUGCUUGAAACGUCAUAAUGUGGUUGCCAGUUCACACAAAAUCACUCCAAUUGACAAUGUGUCUUUCUAUCAUAUUCCCCUUAAGGCUGCAGAAAAAAUGUGGGUACAUAGCAUGUGCACAUAUCACCAGAUAUAUUUCCCAUGCAUCAUGUUUUAGCCACUAGCAAUUACCUUAUACGAUCUUUCAGCAAUUCCAAAGCCUCUGAGUAUUCAGUCUAUUUUGAAUUCUAUUUGAUUCCUCCAGCUUAGUCUGUUAUGCCAGCUAUGUUCUGUGCCACUACAGUUUCAUAAAUGGAAACAAUUUUUGCUCCAUCUGUGUUAUCCAGGAAUCUAUUAGUGAAAGCUGCUUUUGACACAUUUUUCCCUGAUAUAAAUUUAAACAAUUGUCUUAGUAAAUGAAGUUUUAAUUUUAACAGAAUAUGGCCUAAAUUUAGGAGGCAUUUUUAUGAGACUCAUUAAAAAUUUCUAAAAUUACUAGAGAGAAAAUUUAUUUAUAAUAGCAUCAGAUAUUAUAUUUGUAUAAUUUCUAUCUUUAAGUUUGUUAUUAUAAAAGGACUUUUAGAGUGAGUCUUAGGAAUGAAACUUUAAGAUAUAACUUGCAGACACACACAACUGAGAAAUAGGGGACAGGGUUGAGGCACAGCAGGUUAAGCUACCGCCUGCCAUGCCACAUCCCUUAUGAGCACUGGUUAGAGUCUCAGCUGCUCUACUUCCAAUACAGCUCCCAGAAAGUAUGCCUAGGAAAGCAAUAGAAGAUGACCCAAGUGUUUGGGCCCCUACCACCCAUAUGGGAGAGUAGGCUCUUUGCUUCAGCCUGACUCAGUCCUGCCCUUUGUGGCCAUUCAGGGAGUAAACCAGCUAAUGGAAGAUCUGUUUCUCUCUCUCUCCCUCUAUCUGUGUAUCUCUGCCUUUCAAAUAAGUAAAUAAAUAAAUCUUAAAAAAAAAAA